CCUCCGCUCUCCGCCCUUCAACCAACCAUCACGAUGGGAAAAGGGACCGACAAGUUAUACAUCACCCAUAGCGAGUGGUCGAGCGGUGACAACUACUCCGCCUCAGCUGGCGCCCGCAACUCUCGGCCGGGCGCGUCGUUCCGCCGCCUUCCCUUCAACUUUUGCGCCGCCAGCCUCCAGCCUUUCAAGAAUCCCGUCUGCACCAAGGAUGGCACCAUUUUCGAUGUCGAGGUCAUCAGUUCAUGGCUGGAUAAGCACGAGACCAAUCCCGUCGACGGCGAACCGCUGGCCGCCAAGGACCUCAUCAAGCUCAACUUCGCACGCAAUGCCGACACCGAUUCUCGCGGCACCAGCACGGGCCUGAGCGACGGGCAGGGCGAUCUUAUCGACCCCGUCUCCUUCAAAGUCUUCACCGACAACACGCACAUUGUCGCCAUCCGUCAUGACACGUACGCCAACGUCUUUGCCUGGGACACCGUCGAGAAAAUGAACAUCAAAGCCAAGAACUGGCACGACCUCGUCGACGACAGAGAGUUCAGCCGCUCCGACAUCAUCACCCUCCAGGACCCACAGAAUGCCGCCAGCCGCGACUUGAGCCAGUUCAAAUACAUCAAAGAGGGCCAGGAUGCCCUGCUGACCCCGGAGCAAGAGGAGGAGCGCAAGCAAGGGAAUGUCAACGUCGGCGCGCUCGGCAGCAUGGGAAACAAGGUCCUCCGGGCAAAAGAGGCCGUAGAGAAGGCUCGGAAACAGCGGGAGGCCGGCGGCGAUGUCAACCGGUCAGCGACGUCCGGUGCUCUCGUCGGCAGAUCCGCAUCCGCCGCGGCGGCGCAGCGCAAGCCCGCGAUCCAGGAGAAGAAGGUGGCGCCCAACGCCGCCAUCCACACCACGGGCAGGGCCGCCGCGAGCUUCACCAGCACGGGUCUGACGCCCGAGACUAGCGGCGAGCGGGCUCUACUGACGGACGAGGAGUACAUGCUGAAGCCGAAGCGGGUCAAGAUCAAGGGGUACGUGCGCAUCGAAACCAACCUCGGCGAUCUCAACGUCGAGCUGUACCCCGAGUUCGCGCCGCGCGCGGUGUGGAACUUCACCAGGUUAGCGCAGACCGGGUACUACAAGGGCGUCACAUUCCACCGAAACGUCCGCAACUUCAUGAUCCAAGGCGGCGACCCUUCGGGGACCGGGCGGGGCGGGAAGAGCAUCUGGGGGAAGAACUUCCAGGAUGAGUUUGACGGGCCGCUGACGCACAGCGAGCGGGGGAUGCUCAGCAUGGCGAACAAGGGCAAAGACACCAACUCGAGUCAAUUCUUCAUCACGUACCGCGCGGUGAAACACCUGGACCGGAAGCACACCAUCUUCGGCAAGGUAGUGGGCGGCCUCGACGUGUUGGCGAAACUGGAGGAUGUGCCGACGGACGGGUCGGACAGGCCGCUGAACAAGAUCAUCAUGCGGGACGUGGUGAUGUACGUGGACCCAUUCGAGGAAUUCCAGAAGAAGAAAAAAGCACAGGAUGCCGCCGAGCGGGAAAAGGAGGCCACGAAGCGGAGCGGGGGGACCGAAGACGACAGGACAACGUGGACGGGGAAGAGGAUCAGGGCGGACGGCUCUGUCGAGUCUAGGGAUGGGUCGGCUGCCGGGGUCGGGAAAUACCUUGCGGCGGCCCGGGCGCAGGAGUACGAGGGAACAGCGGUUGAGGACCUCCCAGAGACAUGGGAAGAGCCCCCGAAGAAGAAGAUGAAGGCCGGUGGGUUUCGGGACUUUGACAAUUGGUAAAUACUCACGAGGAUUAUUGGAGUUACUUAGACGAGAACAAUCAUCAAUAUAGAGAUACCCUGUUUGGCGCUGACGGACC